AUGCCCAUGCCGACCAUGAGCUUCUACAUGAAGCCGCCCAAGGACGCGGCCUGCAUCCUCUCACCCGGCCCCGAGGCUCGGACCUUCCCUCGCAACGACAUCCCGCGUCGCCCCAUGCGCAGGUUCACCAAUGCCGAAAUCCAAGAGAUAGUUGAGAGACUCCGUGGCCGUGACGGCUCACUCUUGGACUCGGUUGUCCGCCCCACCAGAUGGGAGGACAUGUACCGUUAUUUCGACGUAGUCGAUUUGUGGGAAUUCGGCGCCUGGAACUUAUGGCGUGUUCUUCACCUGAUCUGUGAUCAGAACGGUGGAGCUGAGUCUUAUGAGUAUGUUUCCGAGGACAAGGUCCACGAGAUUGACGACUGGGUGUACCGCUGGUGCACGCAUGAGGAGAACCGCAUGCGCCUCAGCAUGUGGGAUGGCGUGUCCGAUGUUUUGUCUGUCCUGAGCUGGAAGAGCCUGGACAAGCUGGGGCACUGUACCGCCGAGGAGUUUGUUGUUGUGCGGGGCGCCCUCAGGUAUUGGUACGAUCAGGGGAAUCGCACGUCUGAGGCCGCGAGGAAUGCCCGGGCCCACGUCAGGGCUAUGAGCCAUUUGAACGACGCCCGGAAGCAUAUGCCUGUUCAUUCGCUCGAUGGUAAGUUCAGGUGA